CGAUGGCUGGUGAGGGUGGACGUGUUGACGAUUUCUUUAGGUAUCUGAAUGGUUUCCUGGCGAAUAUUCGCCCAGAUGACCCUUUGCCUGUCCGUGCCCCCAGCUACAAAGUGACAGAAGUAGAAAUAGAUGGUCAAAUUCUAGAUAUUGUUCAUCGUUAUCUCAAUGAAAAGGACUGCCCGGUGUACGUCAGGUCUUACGUCGCCCACAAAGUAUGGGAAGAAAUGCGACAGCCCGCGCUCGCCGCUGUCGAUGGAGGAGGCAGCGACGGCGGCGCUGAUGAAGACGACGACUCCGAUGAUGACUCCGACGACCUCGUCGACGCGCCUAGCAACAACAGUGAGAGGUACGGCGAACCACACGCAUUUUACGGCGUGUUCGACGGGCACGCAGGUUCUGACGCGGCGGUGUACGCGGCAGCGCACCUGCACCAGUACCUCAUCCAGAACCCGCUGUACCACAUGGACCCCGUCGCCGCCCUCAAACAUGCCUUCCACUUCGCCGACACCAACUUCCUCAAGAAGGCUAAAAAAGAGGUGAUUUGGGUUCAAGAAGGCUAA